UUCUUUCAUUCUUUUAUUUAUUAUUAUUGUAGGUACUUAGAUAAUUUGAGUAGUAGUAACCGGUAGGAUCUGGUUCUUGUCGGCCAGGAUCACAGUUUAUUCGUACGUAUUCGUAAUACUUAGUUGAAUUUCAUAAUGGCCUGGCCAUUAUGGAAAACAACGUGUAAUGCCCAUUAUUAAAAUGAUCGUCGAUAAGUGACUAGCACUGAGGGUGUUUUUUUAAAUAUGGUGCAGAUUUCAUCAAGCAUGCGGUCGUACGCCAUUUUCCCACGUCCGCGUUGGUUUUACAAGGCCAUGCCUCGGCUGCCCAGUAUGCCCAGCCACGACGACGCCGCCGGUGGUGCCGCCGCCGCCGGGUGGCCAGCCAGCAACGGCGCCGCCGUUAGUGCCCCCGCCGCCACAGCCCCGUUUACCACACAGAUAUCAGUACCGGUAUGUUCCGGUGCCGGCACGGGCGCCGCACCCCCCGUGGCCGCCGCCGCCAUAUGCGGUGCCGCUGCCGGCGCCGUAUGCGCCGUGGCCGACCACGGAGGUGGCGCCGCCGUUCGCCGCGGCUUGUUCGUAGAGAGCCCGCGGUGGUGGCAAGGGCCGCUCGUGGCGUGGUCGGGGCGCGGCGGGCGCCAUGGCCGCGGGGCGGGGCGGGGGGGGGCUCGCUCGCAGUCGUGGGCGCAGUCGCGGCCGCGGCACCUUUGGUCGGUAGGUUUACUUAACCUUUCCUAUGCUGAGAACCGCGCACACAUAUAUCAGUACCGGUAUGUUCCGGUGGCACCGGCGCGUACCCCCCGUGGCCGCCGCCGCCAUGUGCGGUGCCGCUGCCGGCGCCGUAUGCGCCGUGGCCGACCACGGAGGUGGCGCCGCCGUUCGCCGCGGCUUGUUCGUAGAGAGCCCGCGGUGGUGGCAAGGGCCGCUCGUGGCGUGGUCGGGGCGCGGCGGGCGCCAUGGCCGCGGGGCGGGGCGGGGGGGGGGGGCUCGCUCGCGGUCGUGGGCGCAGUCGCGGCCGCGGCACCUUUGGUCGUAACGAAGAUUCGUGCACGGCCCCGGCAUCACCGGUGCAGUCGCCGCCGCCGCAGCUGCCCGGGCUCAUGCCUCCGGCUGCCCAGUGUGCCCAGCCACGACGACGCCGCCGGUGGUGCCGCCGCCGCCGGGUGGCCAGCCAGCAACGGCGCCGCCGUUAGUGCCCCCGCCGCCCCAGCCCCAACCACACAGAUAUCAGUACCGCUACACUAUGGCUACACGGAUCCGCCUGCGCCGCAGCCGGCCAUUCCGCCUCAGCCGCCGCAGCCGGCAGCCGCAGCCGCUCCGAUAAUAUGUGUAAGUUUGAAAAUUCGUUAUUUUAAAACAAUUACGUAAAUGUAUUAAAAUAACGUAUUUUCAAAUAAUUGCGGCGCUCGCGGUCGGGGGCGCAGUCGCGGCCGCGGCACCUUUGGUCGGUGGGUUUACUUAACCUUUACUAUGCCGAGCAGCCGCGCACGUUACGUUAUUAUUAUUAUUUUAUCUUUUUUCUUUAUAAGUAUUAUUAUAGCUCUUCAGCACAAAAUAUGUUUUAGUAUUGAUUUUAUUGAUUAUUUAUGAAUUGUUAAAUCGCUUAUUUUUUUUUUAUAAUCUAAUUUAUUUUAUAAGCCAUACAUCUUAAGAUUAAGUCGGCUAAAUCGCUUAUUUUAUUUAAUAGAAUAAAUAAAAGCUUGUUACUGCA